UUUUUCAUGAACCAAUCUUCUUUUACCUCCCGUUCUAUUCAAGAUCGACAGCUAAUAUUGCUUAUUUGUCUCUAAUAUAUUUCAGCGUAUAAUAUAUUAGUUGAACACAUAUACUCUGCCUCUUCUCUCUUUCUCUCCCCUAAGCUUUUUUUCCACUUAUCCUAUAUACUUCGAAUGCCUUCCGGUCAUUUUCAACAUAUUCGCCGCACAGUCAACUAAAUUAUUACAUAGUACCUAUACGCAAUGUAGAGUACUAUAGAUGGCGUUACAUGGAAAGGGGUAGAAGAAGAAGAAGAAGAAGAACCAGAAGGAGGAGGAGAAGAAGGGCAAAGAGGGAGAAGAGGAGGAAAGAGAAAAAGAUAAAAGAGAAAAUUGCAAGACGAGAAACUGUAAAAAGUGUGAAAUUGAUAUAUAAAAAAGUAGAAGAAGAGGGACACGUUGUUAAUAGUUAAAUUAGAAAUUUGGUUCAUGUCUUUCCAAUUUCCUUUUCUACUUUUAGAAAAAAAGUUGCCACCUCUGAUUGAUUCUAAAUUUGAGUUUUUUUCUUCUUCUCUUUUUCUUCAUAGACGCUAUUUUUUUAAUUGCUCUACUUCUUGCUUUCUAAGCUUUCUUUCUUUCUUUCUCUUUCUCUUUUCCGUUUCCUUUCAACGCCUUUAUAUUUUCAAUUGUCCCUGUUUCGCUCUCAUUUUUUAUACUAAUUUUUAAAGCUCGUAAGAUAGAUGACUCUUUUCGGCAUAAAUCCUUCAUUUAGCUAAUGAAGAGACGCUUGUUUUAUACGCCUCCUAAACAUAAAUACUAGCGUCGAUACAUUUCCCCCUACCGUAUAUUUAUCAUUUCAAUUUGUUACGUCAUCCACUCAUUGCUCUUCUUUAUCUCUUAUUUAAUUGCUAAUUUGGUUCUUAGUUUUAAUUAAACAAUUCCAUCUAACCAUCUAACCUCCCUGUCUGCCUGUCUGCCUAUCUGCUAGCUUCUCUCUUUCUCUCCUAGUCUAUCUUCAACAGCACACCCCUGCCUCUCUCUCUCUCUCUCUCUCUCUCUGCCUUUAACCUCUUCUCUACUCCCAUCUGUCAUUUUUAUCCAUCAUUCACCGUAUGAAUUAUAUUAAUGUGAAGGAAAAAUGUUCGGGGCGAUCCUCAAUCAACUUCUGUCUAAUCUAACGCCGUAUUUAGGUGCGAAGCGCAAGAUCCCCAUUCUCAAGGCCUAUUCGCAGGGAAACACCAGUAGAACUAUAAGAGACAUCUAGCGGAACUGUAAAGCGCAAUUUUACGUUGCCUUUCGAAUUAUUAAACGCUUCUGUUCGGGCGUCACUCGACAGGUAAAUCGAUUUGAUUGCGAAGCGUCUUUUUGAUUUUUUACAUUGUAUAAACAGAAUUUGUUGUAUUAAAAAUCGAUUCUCUGGAUAAACAAAUCGUUUUGUUAUUUUGGAUGUCGUUAGAAGAUUAGAGAAGAAAGCCAUGACUAAUGGCGUCGUUUCGUCGCAGCGUUUCGUGCCUAAGUCAGAAGGCUAGCCGUAAUUCCCCAGAAGAAAUAGCUCUGGUUGAAAGACCUACAAUUAAUGGACACGUGAAAUUGUCGGAAAGCGACCAGUUCGGUUCAGUUGGCUUCGUCGAUUUUUGGCCCUUAACCGUCAAAAAAGCUGUUAAAGCGUCCUGCGCAACUUUCGAACAGUUCGAGGUUCUCGUGGAAAGAGCCAACGAAUGGCUAGAGGAAAAUGACGAUUUCGAAUUGAUCAAUUGCGAAAGUUUGGAUAAAAAAGUCAUAUAUGUCGCCGAUGUUUACAGUCAGUCGUUAAUUUAUGCCGACGAGGACGCCAACACGCACGCUGUUCACAUUAUCGGAUUAAGAUUAUGGUACUGCAAACGUUUAUCGUCUAACGAUACGAAAAAUGACCGUCUUCAAUUGGAUUUCAUCGAUAUUCUACCGUUUUAUUUAAAUCCUGGAGAAAAAGAGCCGCGUUUUGAAAGCGUCUCUUCAACGGUUGAUCGAAUUAAUGCUACUUUGAGGCAUACCCCGCUUCAAGGCAGAAUAUUAAGCAUCGUUUCCGUAAACUUAACACUCGCCGAAGAUAUUUGGGCAAGCGGAGCGCAAAUAAACACUUGCCAAACCCGCUGGUUCGAUGAAUUUAACACUCAUAACCUAAUUUUCAUACGCAUCUUCUUCCUCGUUGGUCCUCCUUGCCACGAAUUGAUAGGUUUGAAAGAUUUUUCACCAAGGAUAAUCAAAUCUGGUAAUGUUUUUCAACCUGCUCAAUAUUCAACAAUUAGUGAAUUGGUCAGCAUGAUACAAGAUUGGAUUCGUAUGGUUGGAGGUAACAAUGUAUGUUGUUUCUUUUUUACUUAUUUACAUCUCUUCUAAUUAAAUAUUUUUACAUCUCAUUCUCUUUUUAUCGAAUUUAAUUAAAUAUCUCUUUUUUUCUCCCCCUUCCCUCCCUCCUGCCUCUCUUCAUCAUCAUCAUCAUCAUUCUUCUCCUCCGACUACUACAUCUGCUGCUCCUCUUCUUCUUCUUCUCCUUUAUCUGCUUGAAUAUCUCUUUUACAUGCUUUCUCUUUCUCCACUCAAUUGUCAAUUGACCUCCCCACCUACCCGCCUUUCGCUCCUCUCUCCUCACCUUUUAUCGUACAGGAUAUCAGAAUUACAAAUGUACAGACAUUAUCUGCAAUUCAUAAAUGCAAAAAACAUUCGAAAAGGGGAUCAUGGAACACAGACUCUUCCUUUGAAUAUAAAAUUGACGAUCGCUUUCACAGCGUCUUCCUUCGAGUAGGCUAUGCAAAACCGGCAGAACUUUACAACGAUUUUACAUUUCCAAUAUAUUUACCUAAUGUUACUGUGAAAAUGUUUGUUCCAUGGAGAAAAAAGAACCGGUUAAUUGCCUUUUUUUAUUAUUAUUUAUUCAAUUAUUUAUUACUAUCCAACGUUCACAAUUUGGCUUAUUCUCUUCCAUAUUUUCUUGUCAAUUAGUUACGAAAGUCUAAAGGAGGUUAGGGAAAGGAUGGAAAAGUUCCUCAAGUGCUGUCAGGCUAGAAUUUUCUAUAUAGAAACUGUUCAAAUUCCCGAAUGGAUGACCAGAAAGGAAUUCUACGAAAGAGGAGAACGAACCUUUUUCGACGGGCAUUGGUAUUUUAUUCCUGAUAAAUAUGGGAAUGCUCAGGGACCUUUCCGAUAUCCUCUCAUCUACGCUAUAAGGUUCGCUUUUAAUUAAAUAAUCAAACAAGAUUUCGCCCCCACCAGAGAACGGUGACGAUCGUGAGAAAUUUUGUCAAGUUAAUCGCCUCUCUUCCUCCUUCACAGAGUCUACAUCGACGGCGACUUUAACCAGCUAGGAAAUUACGUAAGCGAGACGUCAUUUUUGGAAAGACCCGAAAAUUGUUGUUCUGCUUGCACAAUUUGCUGAGAAGACUUGAAAAAGAGAAAAUAUAAGAAUAACCAUUAUGGAAAGAGAAGAAAGAGAUAGAAAGAAACAAAGAUAGAAAGAAUAAUAUCACGAUUGAUUGAAUGAACGAACGAACGAACGAACGAACGUACGAACGUACAAACAAACGAAACGAACUAACCAUUGAUUGAAUUGAUUGAUUGAAUGAAUGAAUGAAUGAACGAACGAACAAACUAAAGAACGAAUGAUAAGAAUAUUUUGCUUUUAAAAGAAAGAAGGUAAAAAACUUUGUUUUUCACUGGCAGAUGAUAGAAAAAAACCAAAAAAAAGAGAAAACUGAUAUCGAAGAGAGAAACGAAAAAGAAGAUAUUCAAUCUUUUUAAAAGUUGAUCAUCAGAUUUUUUUUUUGUUACCGAAAGAAAACAAAACUGCUACCCUGUGUGCGUUAGCGAAUAAACGUAUAAAUAACCCGGUAUUCUUUGUGCGUAUACAUUUAUGGUAUUUAUCGUAUCUCUUUUAUUCUAUAUCUUUCUCAAUGUAAUAUACAGUAUAUACUGUAUGUAAUGUGUAUACUGUAUAUGUGUAUACAGUCUGCUGUAUUUUUAUACUUUUUACGGAUAUACGUUUAUUAUCCUUCACUGAAAAAAUAAGCUGGCUAAAACUCUUUAAAUUGAACAUGAACUGAGCUUCUCUCUCUCUCUCUCU